UCUUUUUGUAAAGUUAUAUCCCUUGACAUUAACAAUGUCCCAAACAACAACAACCACGACCCUUCUCCUCCUAUCUGCAUUGUUAAUUGCAGCGACAAUAGUCAAUGGGCAAGGAGCGAUGGCCCCUCCUCCAAACGCAAGUAUGGUUUGUGAGGCUAACUUAGGUCUAUGUGCAGCGGCACUUAAAGUAGGAGAAAAAUCAUCAGAAGAAUGCUGCACAAGCCUAGACAAGGCAGUGAAGACGCAGUUGAAGUGCCUCUGCGCCAUCCUCACAAACCCGCAGGUAUUGGCCGGCUUCAAUCUCACCGUGGAAAAUGCUCUUCUCAUUCCUAAGAGUUGUGGCAUCGAUGCUGGACCUUCUAUGUGUUCAGCCGCUAAAGCUCCGUUGCCGCAUGGGGUUCCACCGGUGCCAGGACCGCCUAAAGUUGACAAGGAUGCUGCACCUGCAAGCAAUCUCGCGGGAACUGGAUUGGUCGGGAUCGCCUUAAUAACGAUCUCUAUGAUGUUUUAUUGAGAAUGAUAUUUUUAUUUGAUUAUUUUAUAUCCAUGUAAGAAGUUGUUUGGUUCUACGUACGGUGAAACUUCUACUUGAUGCCCCUUGUAUGUGAUUUUCUUAUAUAUUUUUUUCUCAAUCGGAUUUUGAAAUUGUGU